AUGGACCAUAAAGAAGGAAUCAAACUUCUGACUGGAAGUUAUUUUGGUCAAUUUGCAAAUAAAGGACUGGUACCAAAGACGCUUGUUCAACCAUUGAACUAUCUUUCUCAAGUAUUAGAUGCCAUUACAAAACGUUUAAUCGAAGUCCUUGAUCAACAUUCAGUAUUUCAAAAGCAGCCAUCUUUAUCAUCUCUUAUCGAACGUGCCGAUCUUCCAUUUCAAGAUGAGCAUUUCGGUAUGCUUGACAUUGUAUCUUACUUCAACAAAAAAAGUGGCUUUCAACCACCAGAGAACGGACAAACAACCGAAGAAGUCAACUGUGUUCCACAUUAUGAUCCAGGAUUAUUUUCAAUUAGUAUUUUAUCGACACAUGAAGGACUUCAAUUGAAAAAUAUGACGAACAAUGAGUGGGUAGAUGGACCUUUAGAACCAAACAUUGGUGUCAUCUGGUUAGGAGAAGCGGCAUCUCGCAUCACACAAAAUCGACUUAAACCAGGUAUUCAUCGAGUUAUUUAUCCUCAAAAAUCGAAAAGUCGACUUACAAUCUGGUAUGAAGUAUGUACUACGGAACAGUUAAAAAAUAUAAGUGCUGACAAGAAAGAUGAACUAAUGGCUGAUGGAGCUGUCACUUUCGCAAGUAUGCCUGGAUCGGCUCCAAUAACUGUUUUACCUGGUGAGACAAAACUGGAAUUUUUGAAACGAGUUGAAAUGGCUCACGGGUUAUCUAUGAGUAAAGUAGGCCCACCAUAUUAUGUACUCGAAAAACAUACUAUUUCAUAUCCAACAAAUGAUUUGAAAACUGAAUGA